GCUCUCUUUUUUGCCACUUGCAGUUGUGUUUGAAAAGCGAAAGCGUCGAGUUCGAGUUGCCGCCAACCGAACAGUGCUCAACAAAAUAUUAUUUUAAAUUUUAAUAUCUAUCUCAACCGUUAAUAAUCUCUUAUGUUUGAAUGGAAAAUUUCAACGAUUCGCGUGUGCAAAACUGAAAAACAAAAAUAUUAGAAAAAGUGAAUAGUUCGUUCGUUUUGUGCAACAAAUUAUGUUUGACAAAAAUAUGGAUAGCACUAAUUUAUCCGUGUCGAUCAAUGGGGAUUUAGACUCGACCAGUUCCGGCGGCACUUCAUCGGAUCAUUCGGCCGUGCAACACGAUAACAUCAGUUCUCCUAUGGCCUAUGGCUCGUUAUUUCUGCCAAAUGCUGGUUAUCGCGGAAAUAUUUCCUGUAAAACGGUUUUGCAGCUAGACAAAUUUGCGCCCUACGAGACCACAGAAAAGGAUCUGAUUGAGCGACGUUUCCAGGACAUAACCAACGACUAUGACAAAUCGCCGCCGCCCACAGCAUCGACCACGCCCACACAUUAUCCCUCGCUGAACAGUAUUAUUUUUGAGAAUGGCAACGGCGCACUGGGCGAUCUCAAUGGCAAUACAAAAACGGAUGCACUCUGUGCGGGAUUACAACGCAACCCAGUUGGACUGAGUGGCAGUGGAGCAUCAAGUGGUGGCCAUUUGAUCUCCAAUCUAACUGCAGCACACAACAUGUCCGCCGUGGGCAGUUUUCCCAUCGAUGCCAAGAUGCUGCAGUUCUCCACAGAUCAGAUUCAAUGCAUGUGCGAGGCACUGCAGCAAAAGGGCGACAUCGAGAAGCUGACCAACUUUCUGUGCAGCCUUCCACCCAGCGAAUUCUUCAAAACCAAUGAGAGUGUGUUGCGGGCUCGUGCCAUGGUUGCCUACAAUCUGGGACAGUUUCACGAGCUCUAUAGUCUGUUGGAGACGCAUUGCUUCUCCAUAAAAUACCAUGUGGAUCUGCAGAGUCUGUGGUUCAAGGCCCACUACAAGGAGGCGGAAAAGGUGCGCGGUCGUCCUUUGGGUGCCGUGGACAAGUAUCGCUUGCGGAAAAAGUAUCCGCUGCCAAAGACUAUUUGGGAUGGCGAGGAAACAGUGUAUUGCUUUAAGGAAAAGUCACGUAAUGCGCUCAAGGAUUGCUAUCUAACUAAUCGCUAUCCCACGCCAGACGAGAAGAAGACGCUAGCCAAGAAGACUGGCCUGACACUGACGCAGGUCUCGAAUUGGUUCAAAAAUCGCAGACAAAGGGAUCGCACUCCGCAGCAAAGACCUGAUAUUAUGCUGCCUGUGGGUCAAUUGGAUGCCAACGGGUUCCCGCGCAUGUUCAACGCCCCCAGCUAUUAUCCCGAGACCAUUUUCAAUGGUCAGUGAAGACAGAGAGAGAGAGCAUGAACGAGAGAGCGCACAAGAGUGAGAAGGCGCUCUACAAAUCUGUAAUGCGCAGGCGCUGAUUUUGUAAAUACAAUUUUAAUGUUAAAUUUGUGGUCAUCAAAUGGCGAUAUGUUUCUAGAUUAAGCUUAACCUUAAAUUUCAAUUUGUAUUAUAUGGUAACCUUAA